CCGCUCGGCAGGCGGGGGAGGCAGAGGCAGAGGGGCUUCGGACGCAGAGUGGCUGGCGGGGCAGUCGCGGCAGCCGGAGGAGCAGCGCCGCAGGCAUGGGGAGCUUGAAGGAUGAGCUGCUCAAGGGGAUCUGGCAUGCGUUCACUGCGCUCGACCUGGACCACAGCGGCAAGGUCUCCAAAUCCCAACUCAAGGUCCUUUCCCAUAACCUGUGCACCGUGCUGAAGGUUCCACAUGACCCGGUUGCCCUUGAAGAGCACUUCAGGGAUGAUGACGAGGGACCUGUCUCCAAUCAGGGCUACAUGCCUUAUUUAAACAAGUUCAUUUUGGAAAAGGUCCAAGACAACUUUGACAAGAUUGAGUUCAAUAGGAUGUGUUGGACCCUCUGUGUCAAAAAAAAUCUCACAAAGAAUCCCCUGUUCAUUACAGAAGAAGAUGCAUUUAAAAUAUGGGUUAUUUUCAACUUUUUAUCUGAGGACAAGUACCCACUAAUUAUUGUGCCAGAAGAGAUUGAAUACCUGCUUAGGAAACUGACAGAAGCUAUGGGAGUAAGUUGGCAACAAGAACAAUUUGAAAAUUAUAAAAUCAACUUUGAUGACAGUAAAGAUGGCCUUUCUGUGUGGGAACUGAUUGAGCUUGUUGGAAAUGGACAGUUCAGCAAAGGCAUGGAUCGGCAGACUGUGUCCAUGGCAAUUAACGAGGUCUUCAAUGAGCUAAUAUUAGAUGUGCUGAAACAGGGUUACAUGAUAAAAAAAGGCCAUAGACGGAAAAACUGGACUGAACGCUGGUUUGUAUUAAAACCCAACAUAAUUUCUUAUUAUGUGAGCGAGGAUCUGAAAGAUAAGAAAGGAGACAUUCUCUUGGAUGAGAACUGCUGUGUGGAGUCCUUGCCUGACAAAGAUGGAAAGAAAUGCCUUUUUCUCAUAAAAUGUUUCGAUAAGACCUUUGAAAUCAGUGCUUCAGAUAAGAAGAAGAAACAAGAGUGGAUUCAGGCCAUCCAUUCUACCAUCCAUCUCCUGAAGCUGGGCAGCCCCCCACCACACAAAGAAGCCCGCCAGCGUCGGAAAGAGCUGCGGAAGAAGCUGCUGGCCGAGCAGGAGGAGCUGGAGCGACAGAUGAAGGAGCUGCAGGUAGCAAACGAAAAUAAACAGCAGGAGCUGGAGGCCGUGAGGAAGAAACUGGAAGAAGCAGCAUCUCGGGCAGCAGAAGAAGAAAAGAAGCGCCUUCAGACUCAAGUGGAGCUCCAGGCCAGGUUCAGCACGGAGCUGGAGCGGGAGAAGCUUAUCAGGCAGCAGAUGGAAGAACAGGUUGCCCAGAAAUCCUCUGAACUGGAGCAGUAUUUGCAGCGGGUCCGGGAGUUGGAAGACAUGUACCUAAAGCUGCAGGAGGCUCUCGAGGAUGAGAGACAGGCCCGGCAAGAUGAAGAGACUGUGCGGAAGCUACAGGCCAGGCUGCUGGAGGAAGAGUCGUCCAAGAGGGCCGAGCUGGAGAAGUGGCAUCUGGAGCAGCAGCAGGCCAUUCAGACCACGGAAGCGGAAAAGCAGGAGCUGGAGAACCAGCGCGUCAUCAAAGAGCAGGCCCUCCAGGAAGCCUUGGAGCAGCUGCAGCAGCUCGAGCUCGAGCGGAAACAGGCACUUGAGCAGUACGAGGGAGUUAAAAAGAAGCUAGAGAUGGCAGCUAAGACGACCAAGAGCUGGAAGGACAAAGUGGCCCAUCAUGAAGGAUUAAUUCGAUUGAUAGAACCAGGUUCAAAAAGCGCUCACCUGAUCACUAACUGGGGCCCGGCAGCUUUCACCCAGGCAGAACUUGAGGAACGACAGAAGAGCUGGAAAGAAAAGAAAACCACCGAGUGAGCCGUCGUUACGUCAGCUGUGUGGGUUGCAGGCACAGCUGCAGAACCUUAUGCUAAAGACAGAAGGCCCUGGAUUUUCUGCUUCUAAUCCAGCGCCUCCUGUGGGGUCAGUAUACUAAAGAAGCCUUCUUAUUUAUCUGCCAAUAAGGAAGGGCUUACCUGAAAAGAAAAAAAAAAAAGUCAACAUUGUCAGGCUCUUUAUUUACUCUUCUUUCUUUGAAAACCUCAGCUUCUGAAAAUUCCCUUCAGCUCCCUCAGAUUCUUUUCGGAGGCGGCGGUGCACAGAGAGCUCAGUGGCGUAUGACCAGGAGCCGGGAGGCGCUCAGAUCCCUGGGUAUCGGAACCUCUGUGGGCUGGGGCUGUUUUUGCAGCAGCGUAUUUCCUCCUCCGAGUGCUUGUUUCUAAACUAAGUCGGCCACUCUGCUUACCAUGGUCCGCGGUAGACGUGGACUGCCUCUGACCACAGCUGCUCAGCUGGAAAAGGCACUUCUCCUGGACGUGGUCCUCGCUCGGACUGAGGGGUUGCCAUUCGUGUCUUUGAUUGUACAUGUUUAAUGCCAUGUGAGCGAUUGGCAUCUAGCUCCAGAGGCACUGUCUCAAGGGAGCAGAAGUCUUUUUAAUAAUGCUUUGGCUGAGAUAGAUACUUAAGAAUCAAAGAUAACACAGAGAUGAACUAAGUGAAUCCCAUUCAGAAUGAUGUUUUGAUACUAAUUGAAUUCUUCCUACUAUUUAAAAUGGUUUCAACCAUCCACGUGCUGGCAGACCCCUCGGUUUUACAUUUGUAGUUACUGUACAGAACAUCUCUGGUGUGUGUGAAUGCUUGUCCUAAUCAGACCUUUGCCUUAAUAAACAGCAGUAUGAUCAUUCCUAGAAAUUACACAUGAAAAAAGUUUUUAAAAUGUAUUUUUGUGAUGUGCUGUGUUGAGAGGGAACAAAAUAUUUAUAAUUUUCAUUCUUACCUAAAUAUUGUACAAUGUAAUAUGCUGAAUUUUCUUAAUUUUUUGGCUAAUUUUCUAAGAUAUGUUAAAAAUGUUUUGUAUGGUUCUUGUUUGUUUGUUUUAGUCAAUUGGAGUCGGUAAGAAAAUAAAAAAAUAUGGGAAGAGCAUACAUUUUAAGCUGUCUGAUUUAACGGAACAGGAGGGUAAGGUUGUGUGUAUGUGUGCAUGUUUCCAUAUAAUGAGGUGAACUUGGAUUUAGGGACACUUCCUGAAAUACUGGAUUUGCAGUUUGUAGCCCCCAAACCGACACUGUCACGAAGUUAGCUAUGGCCUCGAGUUUGCCGCUUGAGUCACUGAUGUGGGAAACCAUGGUGGAUGCGUCAGCUUACAAGCGGGAACUCACACGGAUAAUUUCUCCCUCGUCCUCACUAUUCCCUCCAAAUCCUCUUGCCUCUGCUUUCCCGAAUUUUCUUUUCUGCCUCUCCUGUUUUUCUUUCAGUUUUUACCAGAGUAAACAGUGUGGGUUUUUUUGUUUUUGUUUUACACGGUUGCCAAGAUUAAAAAAUGCCUUUUGUGGAUUAAGCAGGCCCACUCAGUGCAGCCUGAUCAUGUCUUGGAAAGCUGAGAUGUGGAGGGGCAGUGUCUGGAGACGUUUUUGGUGGUCACUACUGGGAGUGUUCCUGGCAUCUAGAGGGUAGAAGCCAGAGGUGUUGCUAUAUACCCUGCAAUUCAUCGGACGGUCUUUGUAACAAAGAGUUACCUGGCCUGAUCAACAUUCUCUGCAGAAAGGCACAUUCUGGUCCAGAACAGAACAGGCUCUUGGCGUCAGGGUUUCCCUAGGAGGGGUGUCAGGACUUGACCUCGUUGGUGUAAAUGGAAUGCAUGUGGGAGGACAGCGACCGAGUGCUCGGUGAGCAGGCAGAGGGCAGGAGCCGAGGCUCGCCCGUGUGGGGCACUGUGCUUCAGAGACUCUGUAAAGGCCUUUUCCGCUUAUGUGCCAGGGAAGUUGCUUCGUAUAUGCUUUAAAGUCUUCCUAGGAUCCAGGCUGCUGAGGCGGGAAAUGUAAAGCUGCCAUGACCUUGAGUGUGGGGAGGGGCUGUCGGAACCAUUUCAGCAGCUGGGGAGGAAUGAGUGUGCAGAUUUAUGGCCCGGCUGUUAAUGUCCCUCGCAGAGCACCGGUGCCUGUUCCACUUGGCACAGCCUCCAUCGUGCCUCCACAGCCGUGCCAGCAAGUCACAGCUGUCCUGGCAGAGCAGGGAUGGGGUGACGUCAGGCCACGGGGAGUGGGAAAGAGGCGCGGCCCAGCUUUUACCAGAUCAUAGUAGGGCCUCAGCAUUGACUGCAAGAAUCAGUAUUAGGAGUACUUUAAGGUCCAUCUAUUUCUUUCCUCUUGUUCUUCCCUCUACUUCCUUCUGUAUUUUUAUAUUCAUUUUGAGACCCAUAAAAGUCACCCCUCAACUUAGGAAGCAAAAUGGUGAUAUCUACUCAUGCUAGAGACAACACCUGCCUGCAGGCCAGUGGUCCCCCCAAGGGCAAUGAGGCAGGUGUCCACAAGGAGACCCUGCAGGGGGUUCACUGCAGCUUUGUUCAGGAUGACCCAAAGCAGCAGCAACCCCAGUGCCCAUCAGCUGAAACAGAUCUGUGGAUGUGGUGUGUUCAGACAGGAAUCCUAUACUUCAUUUAAAAGUAGCAUUACUGAGAGAUGAAGUUCACAGCAACGUGGAUGAAUUUCACAGACAUUUUGUUGAACGAAGAAGCCAAACACAGAAAAUACUGCUUGACCCCAUUUAUAUUAAUUUCUAGAACCGGCAGAGCUAAUUUGCGGUUUUUGAAGUCAGAAUUGUGGUUACCUGGGGGUGGAAAGGAAAGUUAUUGACUGGAAACAAGUGAACUUUCUGGGAUGCUGGAAAUGGGUAGUGGUUACAUAAGUAAAAUAUAUCAGCUUUAUACUCAAGAUUUGUAGUUUGCUCUUUUGUACUAGUGCUUCUAGAAUGCUGGGCUGGCUAGUCCCUGGGGUCAGCUGGUCCAAAGCCCUCCCCUUUGCAGAGGACCUGGAAGGGGACCAACCACAUCUACCCAGGAACAGCUGACCGUCUUCUAGGAUGUGGUUCAUGACGCCACCUGCCUCCUCUGGGUUCUUUAAAUACAUUUGAUGUCACACGGUUUUAUCGCGGUGUGUUUCUGUCUCCCACCACACAGCUGGUUCCAUGUCCCUGCUUCACCCCUCUGGAGGAGUGGGCCCUGACCCCUUCUUGUCCUGUGCCCACCUUCCACUGACCUUUCUGAGGUUGCUGAGUCUUUGCCCUUGGGGAGUGGGUAGAUCUGUGGUGGACACUGAAUUCCAUCCAGGGCCAGCCUCAGAUUCCUCUUCCAUGUCUACUAUGUAGAUGCAGCAUACUGAUUCUCAGGGUCGUUCACCCACAGGAAUGAAGGCCUUUCUCCCUGUUUGUGUCCACCUCCUCAACAGCUGUCCUCAGGGCCCGGAUGAGGGCCGGAGGACGUGAUGAGUGGGAGACGGAAGCUUUCUCUAGCAGCCCCCACUCCAGUCAGCCCCGAGCCCUGCAUCCUGUCCUUCUUCCCCAUCUAAAUCUCUCAUUUCCUGUCCCAGGUCCCCCAGCCUCUUGCCCGCAGUCAACACUCUGCCUUGAGUAGCAGCCCAUGAUGGGUCUCUUGAUUACAGGGUGUCUUAGGUAUUCCUCUUUGAGUUCAUCCUGUGUGGGCCUCUCUGCACUUCCUGGACUUGGGUGACUCCUUUCCCAGGUUCGGGAAGUUUUCAGCUAUUAUCUCUUCAAAUAUUUUCUCAGGCCCUUUCUCCUUCUGGGACCACUAUGAGUACUGGUGCCCCCUGAUGUUGUCCCAGAGAUCGCUUAACCCUGCCCAUCUCCACCUCACUUAGUUGUUCUUCUGGGGCUUUGUCUUGUUCCUUCUUUCCUAGGAUGCCCAGGCUAGUGCUGACUCACUGAAGGACAGAGUCAGGGCUCCAAAGGCUCUGGGGCUGCUGCCCACCCACUGGCAGGUGAAGCCAGGGCCUGGGGCUACUGGCAGGCAGAGCUGGUCCCUGGAGUCUGGCUGGAGGGCCAGGGGUCCUGGAGUUCAUUUUAGAUCAUUUGCGGAGGGUGGAAGCAGUUCCUGACUCACUUGGGUAAGGGGCUUGGCGUGUCCUGAAGGUUGCGGUGGUCUGCUAGUGGACAGGGCCAGCCAGGGCCCAGUUGGGGCAUUGCAGCUUUCUGCUUCUGGUGUCUGCCUCAAUGGUGGGCAGGGCUGAGUCUGGAAGCAGCUGUGGGCUCUUUGGUCUUCAAGCAGCCUAUUUGCUGGGCCGUGUCUCCGCCCAGUUAGUUGCUUGGCUUGAGGCACCUGCAGGUUGUUAGGCUAAUGAGCUGGAGGGAGAUUUUCAAAAUGCGGUCCCCUAGCCUCAGCCUCAGCCAGCGCCAGCGUCCACACAGCUCCUAAGAAGGGCUGCUGCCAGUGUCUGUCCUCAAGGUGCGCUGCAGCCGUGCCCCCGUCUUUCCAGGAGACUCUCCAAGACCAGCAGACUGCUAUCCCCAUCAUACUUGUUCCUUCACAAGUCGAAACCUUGAGGUGAUAUGAAGGAGAUCAACAUCAAGAAAAGAAAAUUCAAUUCAGAAAUGAAGAAAACUGGAAGUUACAAAGUCUUGUGGUGAGGGGCUUUCCAUCUUGGCCAGAGCUGGUCUCCCUAGUGGGGAUUUUGUUGACAGAGUGGCAAGCUCUGGGAAAAUCCCGCAGGUGGCUGAGUUAACACCAGCAUACAUGGAAUCUGGACCGUCCACCCCUGUGCUGCCAAUCCCAGUCUUCUCUUCCAACCAACCCUGGGAAACUUCAUGUGAACGGAGUCGCUAGAAAACCCCCAACUUCCAGAGUUCCCUGCCUGCACUCUAACCUGCCCCGGAAAAUCCCACACCCAGAGCCCGCGGGCCGGGGAAAUGCCCUAGUGCCGGCCGCGAGGACCCGCAUGGCCGCCAGGGGGCAGGCGUGCGCUGCGGACUGUCCCGGCCAGACCAGGCGCGCUGCUCCCCGGCUCCAGCGGGCGGGGCGAGGGCCCGGGGUGGAGGAAGCCCCCAGUCUCGCGGCCCAAGGGAGCAAGCCCUGCUGCAAGCUCAUUUUAUCUUCAACACUCCGGGAACUCAGCGCUGCUCGCCUAGUUUACCGAUGAAGGAGGCGGAUUUAGCCACUGGCGCCAACACCUUCAACCUGCAAACUCAGUGCCAUCUGUUCUCAAGCCCAAUCCCGAGACGAAGAAAUCUACCGCUGAGAUUUCAUCAAAUCUAUGGCUGAGUCCAUCAGAGUUGUGACAUAAAGAUGCCUGGCACAGCAAUGCAAUACUCAAUAAAUGCUACUUCUGUUCUUUC